CAGAAAGUCAUCUAAAACAUUCAGCCAGUUGACCGAACAGCUUUCCUACUGCACCUCCAGUGACCUGGGAACUGAAAGAGGCAAUGGGAAAAAAUUGAAUUAUAAACAAAAAAUGUAUAUAUCUUUGUCUCAGUUUCCACUGUUUUACCUGCAAUCUUCUUUCUUUCUUAGCUCACUUCCCCUAUACUCCCAUGCCUUUGUGUGAAGGUGUUCACUCCUGUUUCAGGGGUGGACACAGAUGGAUCAGCAGAUUUCUGUUCUGUCCUCCCUGAUGAUGGGGACCAUCCCUGUCUGUCUUCCUCUUCAGCUCCAGACCCACCUGCAUAAACAUUUCUAACACUGCCACCACAGGUCCUUUUCUUGUCACCCUCCUCCCAGGCAACCACAUCCACAUUUGCACUGGUUUGCACCACUGCUGGCAGUACCAAUGCACUCUGGGACAGGCGGCCUUGGACCUUUACUCCUUUGAGCAAGCGAGCCUUGGUUAUCUUCCAGCAAUGCAGUGGGUAGAACUUACCCCUGUUCCCUACUGCCGAAAAUGUGCAUUGUUUAAUUCCUCUGAAAUGUAGUGGCCUCUGUGACAUUUUGCCUCCCAGCAUGAUGCUGAUCCUUACCUGCUGUUUGCACAGCAUAGUGGCUCCACUGAUGUGAAACAAUUUCUGUCACUCACAGCUAUAAUUCCCACCCUUUCUGCACUGAUAGACAUGAGGGAAUUUUUUUAUACCUUCCUAGAUCUUUUUUUCUUUUGUCUGCAGGGCUUCCCACGAUUCCACAAAGUGUUUCAACCCAGCUACCCCAACCCAAAGCUCCUCAGACUCAUUCCUAAAGUAUGCUACCAAGAGGCAUGCUUUCUGGUCCUGGUUCUUACCAGUGAGAAGAAAAGGCCACAGACCUCGCAAAUUCCAUUCAAAUCCUGGACUAAAUAAUUCAGGAUUGGUGGUUCCAUUUGAGAACAGCUCCUACAGCAGCAGAUAAAGAAUGAUGCAAUAGUAAAGGGAGCGCUGAAAAAGCAGUAUUACCUCACUAUUUUUGUGCUCUUUUGUGAAGGAUGCACUUCCUACUACUGUAGGAAGCUGGGAGAGCAGAAAUAAUAAGAUGCUCACCUUGUUAGCCAAGGAUUAGGCCCAAGCAGUAUAUAUUUAAUUAGACUUUAAAGAGCUUAUUUCAAUGUCCAGAGACACAGUUUUCCCUGUGGCUGCUGCCUCAAUAUAAUUGUUCCAGUAAGGAGGGAGUUUUCAGGUAUUGUGAGUACUCAGUUUUUGUUUGCAUUUAGAUUAAGAGGAAGAAAGUGGACUCAAAGCUCUUGUACAGGUCAUCUAAUCUGGUUGAGAAGAUCUGUCCUCCCACAGACUCACCUUGGGCACUAUAAAGGAAUACCUCUUCUGGAUGACAAGCUCUCUUUGCAGUAUUACCUCAACCUUGGUCAUUCUAGAAGCAACACCUACCACAAAAAUUUAGGAAUUACAUUAGAAACUUGAGUGCUGUUUGCAUAGACCACAUCUUUGGACUACUACCUACUACAAGAUCUGGGGCAUUCACAAUGAGCAUUAGUGAAGACGAUGUGGAGAAGUUUCUUGAUGGCAACCCUGCUUUUGCCAAGCAGUACUUUGAGAAGAAACUAAGAACAGAGUCCUGGGAUAGCAAUGAGAGUGAAAUCCUUUUUGAGUUGAUCCAAGACAUGCAAGAAAGCAUCAACAUGGAGAAAGUUGUUUUCAAGACCUUGAGAAGAAUCAGGUCCCUUAUUCACGCUGACCGUUGUAGCCUUUUCAUGUACAGGCAGAGAAAUGGCACACCUGAACUGGCUACAAGGCUUUUCAACAUCCAAGAGGGAAGCACCCUGGAGGAAUGCCUGGUGCCUCCAGACUGUGAGAUUGUCUAUCCAUUGGACAUAGGCAUUGUGGGCUAUGUUGCACAAACCAAGAAAACCAUGAACAUCAAGGAUGUCACUGAGUGUGCCCAGUUCAGUCCAUUUGUUGAUGAGCUCACUGACUACACUACGAAAAGCAUCCUCGCAACACCCAUCUUGAAUGGCAAAGAUUUAGUUGCGGUCAUUUUGGCUAUUAAUAAGCUGAAUGGUCCAUACUUCACCAGCUCUGAUGAAACACUUUUUCUGAAGUACCUGAAUUUUGCCUCCUUGAACUUGAAGAUUUAUCACUUGAGUUAUCUUCACAACUGUGAGACUCGAAGAGGCCAGGUGCUGUUGUGGUCAGCUAAUAAGGUUUUUGAGGAACUGACAGACAUUGAGAGGCAGUUCCACAAGGCUUUUUACACAGUGAGAGCAUAUUUGAACUGUGACCGGUAUUCAGUAGGUCUCCUGGACAUGACGAAGCAAAAGGAAUUUUUUGACCUGUGGCCAGUUCUGCUGGGAGAAGUUCCCCCCUACUCAGGACCUCGCACCCCAGAUGGUAGGGAAAUAGUAUUCUACAAGGUCAUUGAUUAUAUAUUACAUGGAAAAGAAGACAUUAAAGUCAUCCCAAAUCCUACACCAGAUCACUGGGCACUAGUUACUGGACUGCCAACCUAUGUGGCUGAAAGUGGAUUUAUUUGCAACAUUAUGAAUGCUGCUGCAGAUGAGAUGUUUAACUUUCAGGAAGGUCCUCUAGAUGAAUCAGGAUGGACUGUCAAAAAUGUUCUCUCCAUGCCAAUAGUCAACAAAAAGGAAGAAAUUGUUGGUGUUGUCACGUUUUAUAAUAGAAAAGAUGGUAAACCAUUUGACGAACAGGACGAGACCCUCAUGGAGUCCUUGACACAGUUCCUGGGUUGGUCUGUACUCAACACAGACACAUAUGAUAAGAUGAACAAGCUGGAGAACCGGAAGGACAUUGCUCAGGAUAUGGUGCUCUACCAUGUGAAAUGUGACAAGGAUGAAAUCCAGGAAAUUCUGCCAACACGAGAAAAGCUGGGGAAGGAGCCAAGCGAGUGUGAGGAAGAGGAGCUGGCAAGCAUCCUGAAAGAAGAACUCCCAGGGCCCACCAAGUUUGAAAUCUAUGAAUUCAGAUUCUCUGAUUUUGACUGCACUGAGCUAGAGCUGGUGAAGUGUGGCAUUCAGAUGUACUAUGAGCUCGGCGUGGUGAAAAAGUUCCAGAUCCCACAGGAGGUUCUGGUAAGGUUUGUGUACUCUGUCAGCAAAGGCUACCGCAAGAUAACUUACCACAACUGGCGUCAUGGCUUCAACGUUGCACAGACCAUGUUCACACUCCUGAUGACUGGCAAACUGAAGCGAUACUACACAGAUCUUGAAGCCCUUGCAAUGGUAACUGCUGCUUUGUGCCAUGAUAUUGACCACAGGGGAACCAACAACCUUUACCAAAUGAAAUCUCAAAAUCCUUUAGCCAAACUUCAUGGAUCCUCUAUUUUAGAGAGACAUCACCUGGAAUUUGGAAAAUUCUUGCUCUCUGAAGAGUCGCUGAAUAUAUGUCAGAACCUCAACCGCAGACAGCAUGAGCACAUGAUUCACCUGAUGGAAAUUGCCAUUAUAGCAACAGAUCUGGCACUCUACUUCAAAAAGAGAACAAUGUUUCAAAAGAUUGUUGAUGAGUCCAAGACAUAUGAUAGCGUAACGGCCUGGACGGAAUACCUGUCUCUGGAGACAACAAAGAAAGAGGUUGUCAUGGCCAUGAUGAUGACUGCCUGUGAUUUGUCAGCAAUCACAAAGCCUUGGGAAGUCCAGAGUAAGGUAGCUCUCCUGGUAGCAGCCGAGUUCUGGGAGCAAGGGGACUUAGAAAUAAGCGUCCUUCAGCAGCAGCCUAUUCCCAUGAUGGACCGGAGGAAAGCUGCUGAGCUUCCAAAGCUUCAAGUGGGUUUCAUUGACUUUGUGUGCACAUUUGUGUAUAAGGAAUUUUCCCGUUUCCAUGAGGAAAUUCAGCCUAUGCUUGAUGGGCUGUUGAACAACAGAAAUGAGUGGAAGACUCGUGCUGAUGAGUAUGAUGCAAAAAUGAAAGCUCUGGAGGAAGAGAAGAAAAAAGAGGAAGAGAAGAUGGCUGCAAAGAAAGAUGGGUUCACCUGUAAUGGAGGAACAGCUCCAGCUUCCAAAACCUGUAGCAUACUUUAGACCUACUAUCAACGUAAUAUAUAUCAACCAAAAUGAGAAUGCUUUUUUUUAAAAAAAAAAAAAAGAAAAAAGAAAAAAAAAAAAAGAA